GGAUAUAUAUGUUGGCAACUACUUUCAUUGAUGAAGGGAAGGGUGUAUAAUGAGUUAGGCUUAAUUGCAUUGAACAUUUCUCCAAUUAUGUUCUAUAUAUUCCAGAAUAAGUGUAUUCCAAUCCAAGCACUAUGAAUUAUCAAACAUUGUUUGCAGGGUUGUUGUUGAUGCUACCGCCAGAUCUCUUAGCCUCGGAGUGGGGCCAAAGCACUUGCGGCAGCAACGGCAAUUACAGCAGCAACAGCGCAUACAGCUCCAACCUCAACACUACUCUCUCUUCUCUCUCCACAAAUAUCGACAACUAUGGCUUCCACAACGCCUCGACCGGGCAGGGCCCCGGCCGAGCCAACGCCAUCGCGCUGUGCAGAGCCGACAUUCAACCCAGCGCCUGCCGCGACUGCGUCGAGAGAGCCUGCGCCGAUCUAGCCGACGCGUGCCCGGUUCAGAAGGAGGGACUCCUCCUGGAUGUGCUCUGCACGAUACGAUACUCGAACGAUACCAUCUACGGUAGCCUGGAGAGUCUCGACGGAUACAACUCGUGGUAUUAUGUGGAGAACGUGACGAGUCCGAAGGAGUUUAGGGAGGAUCUGAGGGGGCUGCUCGGUGAUCUCCGGAGACGAGCGGCUGCGGGGUCGUCUAGGGUGAAGGUGGCGGCGGGGAAUGUAAGUGGACCCGAUUAUCAAAUGAUUUAUGGGUUGGUUCAGUGCAGUCCGGAUUUGUCAUCGGAGGAUUGUACGAGUUGUUUGAUCGGUGCGAUUUCGUAUAUACCGCAAUGCUGUGAGGGGAGUAUUGGGGGUUCAGUCCUCGUGCCAAGUUGCAAUCUUCGUUUCGAGACCACUCUGUUUUUCAAUCAAACUAGACUUCACGAGCUUGAGUUUGUCCCUCCACAGUCAUCGCCGCCGGGAAAGAAAGAUGAUAGCACAACUGAAAGUAUUGCAGGAAAGAAAGAUAACAGCACAACUCAAACUAUUGUGAUAAUUGUGGUUGCAACUGUUGUUCUCUUAAUUGUGAUCGUAUCAGCUAUCUUCUUUCUAAGAAAGAGAAAGAAACAAAAACCAACGGAAAUUCCUCAACCUGCCGACGAUAUUAGCAUAGUCGAAUCCCUACACUAUGAUUUCAGUACAAUCAAAGCUGCAACAAAUGAUUUCUCUGAUCAUAACCAAUUGGGCCAAGGUGGAUUUGGGACUGUUUACAAGGGGGCACUUCCAAAUGGUCAAGAAAUUGCAGUGAAAAGAUUGUCGAGAUAUUCUGGGCAGGGCGAUAUAGAAUUCAAAAAUGAGGUUCUCUUAUUGGCUAAACUUCAACACAGGAAUUUGGUUAGACUAUUAGGUUUCUCCUUAGAAGGAAUGGAGAAGCUGCUGGUGUAUGAAUUUGUUCAAAAUGCAAGCUUGGAUAGCUUCAUAUUUGACCCAGUCAAGCAUUCAGAUUUGGAUUGGGAUAGACGUUACAAGAUCAUAGGAGGUAUUGCAAGGGGAAUCCUCUACUUGCACGAAGAUUCUUGUCUCAGAAUCAUUCACCGUGAUUUAAAAGCCAGUAAUAUACUUCUAGACAAAGAGAUGAGUCCCAAAAUUGCCGACUUUGGUAUGGCAAGAUUAUUGGGACUAGAUGAAACACACGGAAAUACAAGUCGAGUUGUGGGGACAUACGGAUAUAUGCCACCAGAAUACCUAAAACACGGCCAAUUCUCAAUCAAGUCCGACGUCUACAGUUUUGGAGUACUAGUCCUUGAAAUCAUCAGCGCCAAGAAAAAUAACGGUUUCCAACAUGGGGAUGACAGCGUAGGGGACCUCUUGAGCUUCGCAUGGGACAGUUGGAAAGAAGGAAGAGGAGGAGAUGUGGUGGAUCCAUUUUUGAGGAGUGAAUCGCGGUCAAUGGCUGAGAUGUUGAAAUGUAUCCAUAUUGGUUUGUUGUGUGUUCAAGAAAAUGCGGCAGAUCGACCAACUAUGGCCUCUGUGGUGCUUAUGCUGAGUAGCUUCUCCGUAACCUUAAACUUGCCUUCGAAGCCAGCGUUUUACGCUUUGGAUGCAUCACUUAUUCACAACUUCGACUCCCUAAAUUCUUACUGCAAGACUUCUUCUCAACAGUCUCGUCGUUCCUCGCAAAAUGAUGCAUCCAUUACUGACUUGCAUCCGCGCUGAUUCCCCUGAACAAGUUUGUUUUUAUUCUAUUUUUCUUCUGUGCCAAUUGAAAUGUUACAGUCACAUCGAAUCCCCCACUUCGGGUUGCUAAAUUGCAAAAAACAACUUAUGAAAGUUUUUGGAUAA